AUGAUUUUCUCUGUAAAGACCUCUAUAGCCUCGCUGCUACUUAUCCACGGCACUUUCGCCGCCACCCACUACCUCAGCAAUGCCAAAGCCGCCGUGACCACCCUGCAGAAAUGGUAUAACCCGAGCACCGGGCUGUGGGACACAACUGGGUGGUGGAACAGCGCCAACUGUCUCACCGUGCUGGCCGACUUCACAGCGCUGGAUCCGAGUCAGCUCAGCCAGUCUGCUGCCAUUUUUGAGAAUACAUACACCCGUGCCCAGGGAUCAACGGCUGCACGGUCCUUGACCAUCUCGCGAAGAAACCAGGCCCAUGCCCGCAGCACCCCCCGUAUCACCAGGAGAGCCUACCCCCGCUUCAUCAACGACUACUACGACGAUGAGGCCUGGUGGGCCCUCGCGUGGAUCCAAGCGUACGAUCUCACCCAGGACGUCAAAUACCUGAACACCGCCGCCGACCUCUUCGCGGACAUGACCACGGGCUGGAACGCCACCUGCGGCGGGCUGUGGUGGGACAAGCCGCACACGCAGAUCGGGGCGAUCGAGAACGAGCUCUUCCUCAGCCUGGCGGCGCACCUGGCCCGUCGCCUCCCCUCACAGGCAGGCUACUACAAGGAUUGGGCGUCGACGAUCUGGAGCUGGUUCUCGCACAGUGGGCUGAUCAACGACCGACACACCAUCAACAACGGGCUGGACCUGGGCACCUGCAAGAACGACGGCGGCACUGUGUGGAGCUACAACCAGGGGGUGAUCCUCGGGGCGCUGGUCGAGAUGUCGCAGCUGUUUGGCGACCUGUCGUAUGUGUCCACCGCGCAGGAGAUUGCCAGUGCGGCCAUGAGUGCGCUGAGUAACUCGGACGGGGUACUGACCGAGUCGUGCGAGCCGAACUGCACGGGGGAUGCGCCGCAGUUCAAGGGGGUGUUCAUGCGAAACUUGAAGACGCUCUACAAGGCUUCUUCCAACGAGCAGAUUCGGAGGUUCUUGCUGCGCAAUGCGGAUAGUAUCUGGGAGAAGGAUCGAGGCGAUGAUUAUCAGUUGGGGCCCGUUUGGUCGGGGCCAUUUUCAAGGGCGGAUGCUUCCACUCAGAGCUCCGCGUGCGAUGCUCUUGUUGCCGCUGCUGCUCUGCGUAUUGAGCGUAUCUGCAUUUUGUGGUCUUAUCAGUCCGUCCAAUUAUCACCGAAAAUUCUCAUUGAGAUGGUCUCAAAGCGAAUGCCGGACCGGCAAUUGUGGGGCAUUCUCGUCUUUCUCACAAUUUUUUGGGACCUGCUCCACAAGAACACGGGAAUCGGGACAGGAUAUGUUUGCCGAUCUGGACCCGACGGCAACUGGAAUGGCUCAAGCUUUGCCACGCGAUCCGGCGAUAAGACCCAUCGCAUUUGUGACGAGCCCUAA